AUGAUUUGCAAGUGGGCGGCUUGUUCGGCCGUUUUUCGUACGUUGGAUGAUCUCACGCCUCAUCUGUUCAAAAAGCAUCUCAACAACCGCACCAUUGAUUUCAACUGUCAUUGGGGUUCAUGUUCCGUCACCGUGGAUGGAUCGGAUGCUUUGCUUGCUCAUUUGACAAACCAUUUGGGUCAACGAUUGUUGCACGGUUGUCGAUGGGCCAAAUGUCGUGAACGCUUCGAGACCUUUCACGAUCUACGUGAUCACCUGUCAGAGGAACACGUCGGCACAGGCAGAAGCGAGUAUACUUGCGAGUGGACGGGAUGUGACCGUCAAGACAAAGUGUUUACCCAGCGGCAAAAGAUCAUGCGGCACAUCCAGACCCAUACAGGCGAUAAGCCGUUUCAAUGUACGGUUUGCAAGAAACGGUUUUCGGAAUCCAAUAUCAUGACCCAGCAUAUGCGAACGCAUACCGGUGAAAAACCAUACAAAUGCCCGGAAAAGAAUUGCAAUCGUGAAUUUUCCAUCUCGGGGGCAUUAACCAUUCACAAGCGGGUUCACUCGGGUGAAAAGCCCUUCUCAUGUAAAUACCAAGGCUGUGACAAGAAAUUUGCUGAAAGCAGUAAUUUGACAAAACACAUGCGUGUACAUACAGGCGAACGUCCUUUCCGUUGCUCUAUCAUCCCUUGCGGAAAAUCGUUUUCCAGGCCUGAUCAAGUCUCUCGUCACCUCAAGAGUCAUCAACGUCGUCAAAGACUGGCGGCCAAUUCCCAAGAGCCGACGGAAGAGACUCCGUCUUCUAAAGCUUGA